CUGCUCAACCAAUCACCAUUUUGGCGGGCUAUGGGAUCGUAUGCAGGCGCCAAUGUCUAACGUCCCGUCUUGUUGAACUGAUCCUGUCGGAGUGGUGAUUGCGAAAUAAGAAGCAUAGUCAAUAUUAAAUAACAGAAGAGAUGGCUUCCCGGGGAGAAAACCGACUACAUCAGUAUAAACGUAGGGCUCCCGAGCAAGAAACUCGCCGAAAGAAACUUGCAGAUGAACGGCGAGCUAAACGGCUAACCGCCCGAACGGAAGCAUUCUCUGCUUUCAGAGGAAUCACGGAAGAAGACGAAGAACAACCACCACCACCACCACCCCCUGCAAAUACUAGGAAGCAAAAACUGGAAGAGUGGAAGAAGAGACGUCAAGUAGCCCCAAAGCCAGAAAGAAAAGGAAAUGUAAAGAAACCUGCCUUUGUGUUCAAAAAAGUAACCUACAAUGAUACACAUUUAUACAAACCUCUUGAAUCGUCCACCUUUUGUCCCCCUAAAGGUAUCGUGCCUGUACACUCUUCACAACCUGGUCGGCAGCUAAGGUCUCGUGCAAGGAAUCAGCACAAUGGGCCACCGCAGAGUAUAGGGGAAGUUCUGAAUGCUUUUGCCACUGCUAUGGCAAAAACUAAACCAGCAAAAAAAAUGUCGAAAGUUCCCAAAGGACUGAUUCCUGCUGCAAAAGUGAAAAAGGUUGAGGAUUUGAAUAGGACGUUUGAUGGCACACCCACUCCAGAACAAAGUGUAGUGCUUCCAGAGGUUACUAAUCCAUUUAAUUUGGAAACUUUUUCCAAAAUAGAGACCAAACCGUUAGGGGGGCCCCAGGAGCAACCUGCAGAGAAACUUCCAGAGACGUCUGCCAACUAUUUUAGGUCAUUGCAUCAUGAUGCUGUUGAAAAGUUGAAUAAUUUAUGCAAUACUUGGACAAAGCGACAAUCUCAGGAUCUACCAGAUUCCAUUAAUGAUGACAUAGAUGUUGCUGUAGGUUAUGCCCAGUUACUGAUUUCUCAAAAACUACAGCAAUUUCUAGACCUUAUUGUAGAACAUGAAGACACAAAUAGCUCUACUGAAUUAAAGGUUUUGUCAACUGAUCUUGAUGGUUUCUGGGGGAUAGUAAACAAUCAGCUUAAAGAUAUUCAAAACAAAUUUGAUAAGCUUGAAACCUUGAGACUAAACAACUGGCAAGACUCUAAUACCAGCUUGCUACCAGGGAAAGGUACUACUGAGAAUAAUUCCAAGAAGCCAAAGGCAAAGGCAAAAGGACAUGCUUCAACAGGCCUUCGAUCUUUUCUUGCUCAAGCUCGAAAACAGGCACAGGCAGAUGUUGGUGAAAACAACAAAGCAAGCGUUGUAUUCAACAGUUCAUUAAUGCAGACCAGACUGACUAGUCCUAUAGUAAUGCGAGUGACCUCAAGAGCUAAGCAGUUAGGAUCACCUCGAACUCCUACAGUUUCCACAUCCAGAAGUCCAUUUCGUAAUAUCCAGUCUGAAAAUGUGCAAGAGACUGUACAAACUCCAAAAAGUACCAGAAGGACAUCAUCUCACAAAAGGGUAUUACUUUCAGGGUCCUCUUCUUUACGCCGGUCUACGAGAAUUAUGAAAAAGAUUGAUGUGGAAAAUCUUAAUUAAAUAGUUUCCCUUUUUGUAAUAUCAUAUUUUAUUCAUGUACUUUUUAUUUGUUUUAUUGUAUAUGUAUAACUUCCUAUGUAAAAUAAGACUGUUUUAUCCAAUUUAACAAAGGG